AGACCGGAGUUCACUGUCCAGUGUGGGCAGUGCCAGGAAGAAACCAUGCAGCUCCACAAUCACCUCCAGGUCCCCUGUAAAUGGUUCAUCACCAUGAAUGAGCCUGUUAAGAAGGUGGACAAACCUUUGCCAGUGAGGGUGCAUCAGAAGCUGCUGCAGGAGUUGAAGGCCAAGCCCUGUGUCUUCAAGGGGCUGCCUUCGGCUGGAGCCCUGGCCCCAGGACAGCGCUGCAACGUGCGAGUCAGGCUUUCCCUGCCAGAAGAGAAGUCCUACAGAAGCAAGCUGAAGGUUAACAUUUGCCAGAGCAGCCAGCCCCUCCAGCUGCAGGUCUCGGGGCAGGGGCUGGAGCCACAGCUGGAGUUGAGCCCCGCAGUGCUCGAGCUGGGAGCGGUGCUGCCGUACAGCCGUGGGGCGGAGGGGACGGUGGUGGUGAAGAACCCAUGCGAGUUCCCCAUCGAGUUUUACUCGCUGGAGUUCGACCAGCAGUACCUUGCUGAGGAGCAGAUCCUGCGGAUGCUCAAGGACUAUGAUUGCCACAACGCCUUCUUGCUGCCUCCGCAUGCCCCGGGUGAGAAGCUGCCCCCAGAGGUGCUGGAGUACUAUCAGGACCAGAAAAGACUGCAGGAUGAGCAGGCAAAGCACAAGACUGGGGAACCAGCAGGCCAGGACAACGCAAACUUUGAAGAUGUCCAGUCUGUGUCAGAUCAAGGAGGAAAGCACUCUGCUGGGAUUGUUCACACCAUCUCAUCCCAUAACUCAGUCAUUCCCUCCUCCAUUUUUGAGGAAAGCCAGUCCAGCAAGGUGGACUCUGAAGUUGAAUGUGGAGAGGAGGAGGAGGAGGAGGAAGGUGCUGAAGAAAGAUGUGGAACAGGGCUGCUCCAAGUUGCAUUCAGUUGCAAGGCUAGCACGACCGUUGAGCAACUGGUGCUGAGUGUCAUCUUGUCUCUACAGGAGGGACAGCAAGACCCUGGUGCUGCAAAAUAG